AUGUCAUCUUUUGAAAGAGAGAAUUGCAAGAAACACCCAGUGUCUGACGCCCAGCCUGGAGUCCCAUCUACAUUUCCUCUUUCUUGCUUACAUGAAGCCUUUGCAUAGACAGACAUCAGUCAGGCUUGCUCGCAGAGGCAGACUGCAGACUGCAGAGUGCAGAGUGAGAGAGGCACGCUCGCACAGGUAACAGACUUCCAAAAAGGCACAAAAACAAAGCUGGACAUGGCCAGGUUGGAUGUGACAGAGAUGUUUCAUGGGAUUUCGUUUCCUGGACACCUGCAUACCCAGGACUCUUUGCAACUUGCUCUAAAAUUCCCAUUUCAGGACUCGGAUAUCCUCAUCGUCUCCUACCCAAAGUCAGGCACCACGUGGAUGCAGGAAAUUGUGAGUCUCAUAUCCAACAAAGGAGACCCGCACUUGGCUCAGAAUGUCCCAAACUGGGCUCGCUCUCCGUGGCUUGAGCAAUAUUAUUUUGCAGCAGUACUGGAGACCUCACCCAGCACACCCCGAGUCAUCACCACACACCUGCCUCAUCACCUGCUGGGCCCCGCCCUCCACGACUCCACAACCAAGGUUAUUUAUGUGAGCAGAAACCCUAAAGAUGUUAUUGUGUCUUUUUACCACUUCCACAAAAUGGCCAACUUCCUCCCCGAGGCUGACUCUUUUCCAGAGUUUUUCAAUCAGUUCCUGGAGGGAACAUUAUCCUACGGCUCCUGGUUUGACCAUGUUAAAGGCUGGACCAAUCAGACAGCUGCUUUGGACAAGCUGCUGCAUGUCACCUAUGAAGAGAUGUCGCUGGACCUACAUGGAGCCAUAAAGAAGGUGAGUUCCUUCUUAGAGUGUCCUCUGGUAGAGGACGAGGUGAACACCUGUGUGAAACACUGCAGCUUCAGCAGCAUGAAACACAACAACAUGGUCAACUACACGCUGAUCCCACAGGAGAUAAUGGACCACAGUAAGGGCUCCUUCAUGAGGAAAGGUAAGAUUGGAGAUUGGAAAAACAUGCUCACAGAGGAGCAGAAUCAAAGUUUCGACAAAGUCUACAAGUCCAAGAUGCAGGACUGCACAUUAGAGUUUGUGUGGGAGGAGCAAAAUGAAGAGGAGAGACAUGUGAGUGAACAAGCAACAAUAAAGAAAGACAGCUGAACGAAAUGAUGGUGCAUCACAAGUGGAGGAUGUUCUCUGAGCGGAAGUUAGAUUAUUUAUGUAAAUAUCAUUGAACAUGCAGUAAAUUCAGUCCUGUGGUCAAAUUGUGCUUUGAUGUAAUCCAUGUUUGAUUAAAAUAAAUGCAGUAAAAGU